CUUCAAUUAUAAACGAAUUAUCUUCAUGACCAUUACUAUAAUCCGUCUCUUACGUCUCUUUUUUUUGGCAACAACCGUCUCUUACGUCUACCCCAGACAUUUUCGGGCCAAAAAUUGUAUUCAAUUAAUUUAUAUCUUAUUUUGUUGACUUCUCUCCGGGUCGUGCACUUAAAAAUGUAUAGCCUGUCACCUCCCUACAGUUUAUUUAAAAAAACGAAAAAGCGGUGGUUGGUCCGUGAAAAAGAUAAAUGAUAGAGAAAAAAGUGGUGGUUGGAGAAGAAGAAAGUUUCAGUGAUGAAUUCAGAUCCUAAAAUGAAACAUGAUGUGUUCUUAAGUUUCAGGGUCAAGGACACUCGUGACAACUUCGUUAGCCAUCUAUGCGGCUGUCUACGUAGAAAACGGAUCAAAACCUACUUGUUUGACGAACUACCAUACGAAGAGAGAUAUGAAGAGUCGUUAAAAGCAAUCGAAGUAUCAAGAGUUUCAGUGAUUGUGUUCUCGGAAAACUUUGGGGAUUCGAAGUUUUGUUUAGAUGAAGUUGUAGCUAUCUUGAAAUGCAAAAAGAGGUUCGGUCAGAUUGUUAUACCUGUCCUUUACCAUGUUGAUCGUGUGGACAUUGAAAAUCAGACAGGAAGCUUUGGAGAGGCCUUUGCUAAGCGACAGGAUAAAGCCGAUCAGAUUAAAGAAUGGAAAGAUGGUUUUACAGAAGCCAUUAAUCUCCCCGGAUGGUCUACUUCCCACUUGAGGGAUGAGGAGAUGUUGGUGAAUGAAAUAGCUCUUGACAUCGAGAGCAAACUUCUAAGAGCGUCAAGAACAAAGGUCAUAAUUGAAUGGUCUCUAGUCAUUAUCAACCUCAUGUUGGAAAUACCUUCAUGUGUCUUCGACCAGAUCUCUUCUACUCAAAAACCUUUGUAUGCAUUGGCUGCAAUGUCAAUGUCAUUUUUAUCUUGUCUACUUUGCCUCGUAGAUCUCUUUCAUAAAGGCCGAGUUGAGAGAGUUGUGUGGAGGUGGAGUUUGCCCGUUCCUUGGUUUCACUAUCCAACUCAAAGAUCAAACAGGUUUGGUAGCUUUCCAGAUAUUGUUGGGUUAAUUUGCGCCUUGUGCCAAACCAUUCUCACAGCCGUUAACUAUUCAUUCAUCACACAUAAUGAUGAUUCACCCAUUAAGUUCUCGGUUUGGCCAAUCAUGUUUGCUCUUGGUUUACUUUGCACUUUGUUUAUCAAAAGAGCCAGCUAGUUAUUUUUCCUGUUUUAUGCGUAGUUUAACUCUCUAAGUAGCUGAACUGGAACACUCUACGCGUUUGGUAUGAAAAGAUUAUGUUCGUAUUAUUCUUGUGUAACAGUUAAGAUUUGCUUAUGAUUCAUAGUUCAGACUUGGGUUGACUA